GCAAAAGUAAAGAAGCAGAGAUAAAGAGGAUAAAUAAAGAACUAGCAAACAUUCGCUCCAAAUUUAAAGGUGAUAAGGCUCUGGAUGGUUACAGUAAGAAAAAGUAUGUCUGCAAACUGCUUUUCAUCUUUCUCCUGGGGCAUGACAUUGACUUUGGUCACAUGGAGGCUGUAAACCUGCUCAGUUCCAAUAGAUACACAGAGAAACAAAUUGGCUAUCUCUUCAUCUCCGUGCUGGUGAACUCCAACAGCGAGCUGAUCCGCCUCAUCAACAACGCCAUCAAGAACGACCUGGCCAGCAGGAACCCCACCUUCAUGGGGCUGGCCCUGCACUGCAUCGCCAACGUGGGCAGCCGGGAGAUGGCCGAGGCCUUCGCGGGGGAGAUCCCCAAAAUCCUCGUGGCUGGGGAUACCAUGGACAGUGUGAAGCAGAGUGCUGCCCUGUGCCUGCUGCGUUUGUACCGGACCUCUCCGGACCUGGUCCCCAUGGGAGACUGGACAUCCAGGGUGGUGCAUCUCCUCAACGACCAGCACUUGGGUGUGGUUACUGCAGCUACAAGUCUGAUUACCACUUUGGCACAGAAGAACCCAGAAGAGUUUAAAACUUCAGUCUCCUUGGCAGUGUCUAGAUUAAGCAGAAUUGUCACUUCUGCGUCGACAGACCUUCAGGACUAUACGUACUACUUUGUUCCUGCUCCUUGGCUAUCUGUGAAACUUCUGAGGCUGUUACAGUGCUAUCCCCCUCCAGAAGACCCUGCGGUACGUGGGCGCCUGACAGAAUGCCUGGAAACCAUUCUCAACAAGGCUCAGGAGCCACCAAAGUCAAAAAAAGUCCAGCACUCCAAUGCAAAGAACGCUGUGCUCUUUGAGGCAAUCAGCUUAAUUAUACACCACGACAGUGAGCCCAAUCUCCUAGUCCGUGCCUGUAACCAGCUAGGUCAGUUCUUGCAGCACCGGGAGACUAAUUUGCGUUACCUAGCGCUGGAAAGCAUGUGCACGCUUGCCAGCUCUGAAUUCUCACACGAGGCUGUGAAAACACACAUAGAAACAGUUAUCAAUGCCUUGAAGACUGAAAGAGACGUUAGUGUACGACAGAGAGCUGUAGAUCUCCUCUAUGCCAUGUGUGACAGAAGCAAUGCCCAGCAGAUCGUGGCUGAAAUGCUGAAUUACUUGGAGACUGCUGAUUAUUCCAUUCGAGAGGAAAUUGUUCUGAAAGUUGCAAUCCUAGCUGAGAAGUAUGCAGUGGAUUACACCUGGUAUGUGGACACAAUCCUGAACCUGAUCCGCAUCGCCGGGGACUAUGUCAGUGAGGAGGUGUGGUACCGAGUCAUCCAGAUCGUCAUCAACAGGGAUGAUGUGCAGGGCUAUGCAGCAAAGACUGUGUUUGAGGCCCUUCAAGCUCCAGCAUGCCAUGAGAAUCUUGUGAAAGUGGGUGGCUACAUCUUGGGAGAAUUUGGAAAUCUGAUAGCAGGUGAUCCAAGAUCAAGUCCUCUCAUCCAGUUCAACUUGCUACAUUCCAAGUUUCACCUGUGUAGUGUCCCUACCCGAGCUCUGCUCCUGUCUACCUACAUCAAGUUUGUGAACCUGUUUCCAGAGAUCAAAACCACAAUUCAGGAUGUGCUGCGCAGCGACAGUCAGCUGAAGAACGCUGACGUUGAGCUGCAGCAGCGAGCUGUUGAGUAUCUGAGGCUCAGCACCAUUGCCAGCACUGAUAUAUUGGCUACAGUGCUGGAAGAAAUGCCUCCCUUUCCAGAGAGGGAAUCUUCUAUUUUGGCAAAACUCAAGAAGAAGAAAGGCCCAGGCACAGUUACUGACCUGGAAGAGAUCAAAAAGGAGAGGAGCUCUGAUAUGAAUGGAAGUGCUGAACCUGCUGCUGUCAAUGCCAGUGCUUCCACUCCCUCCCCAUCGGCGGACCUGCUGGGCCUGGGUGCUGCCCCCCUGGCCAACUCGGCCCCGGCGCCCUCCUCCAGCGGCAGCCUGCUGGUGGACGUGUUCUCGGACGCCGCCGCCGUCGCGCCCCUGGCUCCCGGCUCCGACGACAACUUCGCGAGCCCUGACCUGGCUUCAUCUGAGGUAGUUUCUGAGGAACCAGCUGAUACUGUGCAUGAUGCUGAUGAGCUUUUUCACAAGUUUGUGUGUAAAAAUAACGGGGUCUUAUUUGAAAAUCAGUUGCUACAAAUUGGAUUGAAAUCGGAGUUUCGACAGAACCUGGGACGUAUGUUCAUAUUCUAUGGUAAUAAGACAUCAACACAGUUCCUGAAUUUUACUCCAACAGUAAUCUGCUCAGAUGACCUACAGUCAAAUAUCCUUAAGAGCAGCAGCAUCUGCCUGAACCUUCAGACAAAGCCUGUUGACCCCACAGUGGAUGGAGGGGCACAGGGUCAGCAGGUUGUGAACAUCGAGUGCGUGUCAGACUUCAUGGAAGCUCCAAUCCUGAACAUUCAGUUCAGGUAUGGGGGAACAUUUCAAAACCUUUCAGUAAAAUUACCCAUCACACUGAAUAAGUUUUUCCAGCCCACAGAGAUGUCUUCUCAAGACUUUUUUCAGCGUUGGAAGCAACUGAGCAAUCCAAAACAAGAAGUACAGAAUAUCUUUAAAGCAAAACACCCGAUGGAUGCAGAGAUCACAAAGGCAAAGAUAAUUGGCUUUGGAUCAGCCCUGCUUGAGGAGGUAGAUCCCAAUCCUGCUAACUUUGUUGGUGCUGGUAUCAUACACACAAAAACUACUCAGAUUGGAUGCUUGCUGCGCCUCGAACCCAAUCUCCAGGCACAGAUGUAUAGGCUCACACUACGAACAAGUAAAGAAGCUGUAUCUCAGAGGUUAUGUGAAUUGCUGUCAGAACAGUUUUAAUAUUAACCAUGUCAGUUUUGGUUUUUUUUUCCAUUUAUAUCACUGUCAUCAUACUGCAAAUAAAUGUCUUGUACAUCACUGUCUGAGUACUGCAAUGUUAACCAAUACCAGCUCCCUGCCUUAUUAGGACUUGACCCUUGUUUGAAAUUAAGACUAUAAAAUGUACAGUACAGGGAAGUGACUUUUUACAUUAAAAAUGGCUUUUAGUGUGUUACACAAAGAGCAGGAGGGCUGUCUUGUGCUCCCUUUUGUUUUUUGCAGAGGUCAGGCUUUCAAACUUGUAAAAGGGAGAUCGGUUCAGAUGUGUUGACCAAGGGUUUCAACUGGCAAUGGCUGGUGACAUUCUGCCUCAGUGCCUCUGACAGGUACUCCUCUGCUCUGAGCUGUAAGAAACCCGUGUAGUGCUGCUCAGCAAGGUGAACUCAGCUGUUAAUGUAGAGUCAAACCUCUGUGAAGUUGGUCAUUGCCACAA